AUGGCCAACGAGAGCUUCCCGGCUGGUUUCAUCCUUCUGGGAUUCUCCGCAUGGCCCCAGGUGGAAUCCGUUCUCUUCUGGAUUGUGAUCAUCCUCUACACCGUGACCAUCCUGGGCAACUCAGCCAUCAUCUUGCUCUCGUGUGUGGACCCCCGUCUCUACACCCCCAUGUACUUCUUCCUUAGCAACCUUUCCUUCUUGGAUCUUGGUUUGGCCACAGCCUCUGUGCCCCAGAUGCUGUCAAACCUGUGGGGACCAGACAAGAGCAUCAGCUACGCAGGCUGUGUGAUGCAGCUCUGUGUGUUCCUCUGUGUUGGUGCCACGGAAGGCGUCAUGCUGGUGGUCAUGGCCUUUGACCGCUAUGUGGCUGUCUGCCAGCCUCUGCGCUAUACCACCAUUGUCCACCGUCCACUCUGUUGGAAGCUGGCACUCACAGCUUGGCUGUCUGGCCUGAUGGAAUCUUUGAUCCAAUCUCCCAUCACCUUCAAGCUGCCCUUCUGUGCUCACCACCGCCUGGAUGACUUUCUGUGUGAAGUUCCUGCUCUCCUACGUCUGGCCUCUGGAGAUACCUCCGCCAACGAAUGGCAACUGACAAUCUCUGCUGUGGCCUUCACCAUGGUACCUGUGGGGUUGAUCCUGACUUCUUAUGGCCGCAUAGCUCAAGCAGUGGGGAAAAUGAAGUCUGAGGAGGGGAGGCAGAAAGUCAUUGCCAUCUGCUCCUCCCACCUGCUCGUGGUCUUCAUGUUUUAUGGGACGGUGGCCAUGGUGUACACAGACCCCAAGACCAGCUUUGCUUCCAAGUAUGGCAAGUUCUUCACCUUCUUCUACACUGUGGUCACCCCUAUGCUGAACCCUCUCGUCUACACGCUGAGGAAUAAGGAGGUGAAGGGUGCCUUCCGGAGGGUGCUGAGAAAGGGAAUCUGCAUAACUGAGUUUGGAUAA